UGCACGUUAUCUUGGAUUGGGUGCAUAGCUACGAUUUAUUCCAGCGUGCAUCAGUAUAUUGUAAAUCCUGUUGCUAUAACUAUCGAUACAAACUACCUGGAGUGGCAAACGCCUUUUCCCGCGGUCUAUCUUUGUAUUUCCAAUUCCCCUACGGUUCAGACGUACUAUAAAGGAAAUCCGUCGUUGUUUGGAAAUGGUUUCAAGGACAAAUUUCUCAUGGCAACCGCGGAGGAUCUUCUGUCUGCUUAUGAAACGAUUCGGGUACCCUGUGCAGAGUUGUUACUGGAAUGCUCAUGGGCGAAGAUGAAGUUUAAUUGCUGUGAGGAAUUUCAGGAGAUACGAAAAACCGGCGUAGGAUAUUGUCUCGGAAUAAACACGCCUCAUUUAAAGAAAAAUGGAAUUCAUUAUUUCCUUAAUCGGACUGUGAAAAACGGCAACCUUGUUAUUGAUAUCAACGCAAAUGCAACAAUGAAGAAAUUCCUUCUUAAAGGAUUUUCAGUGCACGUUACCAGCAACCAGUAUGUGCCAGUAAUUGGCGAUGCGGAGACCUUUGACGUAAAGGUAAAACCAGGCAAAAAAACUACAGUAGAGUUUGCGAUAGAACAGACGUACAAUGAAGAUCGAGUGAGACACAUCGCGAUCGAGCACAGAAACUGUCGGUUCUAUAAUGAACCGCCGGAGAACAGUAUAUACGACGUUUAUAGCAAGUCUACGUGUUACCUGGAUCGAUUUAUAGAGUACUCGAUGGAGACAUGUGGCUGCGUGAACAUUUAUUAUUACAUCCCGCCAUGGGCGAGGGUUUGCAAUGGCACUGAAUCGCUCUGCUUAAAUUUUUAUAAAAACGACGUAACGAAUUUGUUGCUGAAGGAUUCAAGAUGUCUUCAUAGCUGCGAUGGUACAACGAUCACCCCCUUUACAAAAAGUGAAAAUUUUAAAUCCAAAUAUUUGCUAUUUUCAGUUUCUGUCGGAAGUGCAAUCGGUCUCUUCAUGGGUGCCAGCAUUCUAAGUAUCUUUGAAAUACCAUACUGGUUAUUCAUUCGCCGGGAUAAAAUAACGUAAAGUCUUUAAUCCUUCUCGUAUGGAUCGUAAGAUGUAGAACGCAUUAAAACAAGGAAAUAGUUAUGAUACCCGUUGCACUUAUCAUACCACACAACGUUAAAUUCAGCCUACUGCAUACCCGCAUUUAUCUUUCAUUUGCACUUAAGGAUGUAUUGGCUAUACAGUCAAUCCCAAAAGUUUAUGUACCUUAGAAAAACGCAUUU